GUACUAGUGUCUAACUAAGAGGAGAAGGUGGUCAGUGACUAUGACUGCAAAUGAAGAUGCUGCACAGGAAUUUCAACCAAAGAAGAAGCCACCAACAGAGGAUGAGAAGAGGCACUCCAAUAAGGCAUGUUUUGGGCAAAAGUAAGAUGUUAUUGGGCUUACUAGAAGGAAUUCCUACAAUGUUGAAGGGUGAAGUGGCAAUGUUACUUCGGAACUGCAACUUUUUCAGUUGUGAAUGCUUUUCUUUGGUUCAUAUCAUUCAACUAAAAUCAAUGAUGUGUUCACGGGAUGAUAUCACCUAGAGGCACUAAAAUAACUUCAGAGCUGUUUUCAAUAUUACAAGCUUUUGAAGUAACUUUGGAAGAGAGGCUGAAAAAGCUUAUUCACGAGAGCAAGGAUGAGAUCCUUAGCUUGUCUUGGAUGACUUUGGCGAUGCAGGCACUUUCUGAGAGUUAUAAUGACAUUAAAAUUCUUAUAGCAGAGCUUGAUCUCCCUGUUAAUGAUUGGGAUGAGAANUGGAUANAUGUGUACUUUGACAUUANCGUGAAGUUGCUGGAUCUAUGCAUUGCAUUCAGUUCUGAAUUAUCACGGAUGAGUCAGGGUCAUCUUUUACUUCAGUGUGCUUUGCACAAUUUAAGUUCCUCUUCUUCAGAGCAGUAUGAUCGGGCAUGUUCUUCACUUGAUGGUUGGAAGCAGCAUAUUGGUUCAGGAAACCCUAGGAUUGAGAAAUGUGGAAGCAUUUUGGAUGGUCUUCUGGGGUCACUUGAUCUUCCUAAGGUUAAAAAGUCUGCAAAAGGGAAGGUUUUGAUGCAAGCUAUGUAUGGGGUCAAGGUGCUCACAGUAUUUGUUUGCAGUGUGUUUGCUGCAGCUUUUUCAGGCUCUACAAAGAAUGUGAUGCAUCUGGACGUGGCUGACUUAUAUUCUUGGUCCGGAACCUUUAAAAGGUUGCAAAAUCUUGUAAAUGAGGAAAUUAGAGUUAGAUUUUCAAGAGGAAGAUUUACUAUUUUGAAUGAGUUGGAAUCUGUUGAUUCCGCUGUAAAGGAAUUAUAUCCUAUUAUCCAGCGUGUUAUAGAUCCCAUCGAGAUGGAAUCACUUGCGAAUAUUGUCGAGGAAUUAGGAAAAUCAACGGAGAAGCUUUCACAGGGACUAGAUCUUCUUACAAAGGAAGUCGAUAGCUUUUUCCAAGUCGUCUUGACUGGUCGUGAUACCUUGCUAUCUAAUCUCAGGUCAGGUGCUAUUGUCAUUCACAGCAACAUGGGGGGUAACAGAAAUGCACAGAUUGUCAAAUGAAUUUAUCGCAACCUAAGACUGGUACACGCAGAUGGAUGUAGGUAUUUGGUUUUCUUUUUUAUGAUCGAUGGUGCUCAAUCAUGUAUGGCUUGUUAUUGUAUGGAUGUUAGAAUGAUUAAUAGAUUAUAUGGUUGUAUUAUGGUUCGGAAAUGUAUAUUUGUGAUCGCCUGUGUAAUGUUACAUAGUAAAAUAUAUACAACAAAGUCACAUGUGCUCAUAGAAGUUUGUAAUUUGCAGCCCUGUGAUUCUUUCUAUUCAUUUGCUCAUGAAAUAUCGUUUUUCAUUAUCCUGAAAA